GAAAAAACAGUUCAUUUUCUUCAGGGCAUCAAUUUUAAAUUUUGUACCGAAAAAAAAAAUGAAAAACCAAUUCUUAGGUUUGUGGUGAUCAAUGUCAGCUUCUAGUUUUUAAGUAGGAGCCUGUUAUAUAGAGGUUUUCAAUGGCAGGAAAUUUCUGGCAAAGUUCACACCAUCAACAGUGGCUGCUGGACAAGCAAGAUUUGAUUCGAGAAAGGAGACAUGAUCUAUCAAUUCUAACAGAAGAAGAGUACCAGAAGAUUUUUAUAUUUUUUGCAAGUGUGAUCCAAACUUUAGGUGAACAGUUAAAACUAAGACAACAAGUGAUAGCCACUGCCACAGUAUACUUCAAGAGGUUUUAUGCUCGAAAUUCUUUAAAAUGCAUUGAUCCCCUACUUUUAGCACCAACUUGUAUAUUUUUAGCUUCAAAAGUGGAAGAAUUUGGUGUUAUUUCUAAUUCUAGGCUGAUUACAACCUGCCAGACUGUCAUUAAGAAUAAGUUCAAUUAUGCCUACCUCCAGGAGUUUCCAUACAGAACAAAUCAUAUAUUGGAAUGUGAAUUCUAUCUUCUAGAAAAUUUAGAUUGUUGCCUAAUAGUUUACCAGCCUUAUAGACCAUUAUUGCAAUUCAUUCAAGAUAUGGGACAUGAAGAACAACUCCUUACUCUGGCAUGGAGGGUAGUCAAUGAUUCCCUACGAACUGAUGUAUGCCUUUUAUAUCCCCCAUAUCAAAUAGCAAUAGGAGCCCUUCAGAUAGCCUGUGUGAUAUUACAGAAGGACCACAAAACAUGGUUUGCUGAACUGAAUGUAGAUAUUGAAAAAAUUCAGGAAAUUGCUAGAUAUAUAAUGAAUUUGUUUGAUCUUUGGAAAACGUAUGAUGAGAAGAAAGAGAUACAAGGAUUAUUGAAUAAGAUGCCAAAGCCCAAACCUGCUCCACAAAGAUGAAAUAAUUAUAGAGUUCCUAAUUCUCAUUUGACUCAUUCAAGAAGAGGAUUGAUUUUAUUAUUAUUACAAUCGAAAUAAAGAUCUAAGUUAAAACUAUCGAAGAAACUUUGAUGAUUAAUGUUUCCUCUCUUGUUUCAAUUUUUAUAUCUUGCAAUUUGAAUGUAGUGAAAAGAAUAGUAAUCUAUAUUUUAUAGAAUGAUAGUUAAAUUGGAAUAAUUGUGAUUUGGAAAGUGUUUCUCAAUUCGAAUAACCUAUAGAAAAUUGCAAUAAAUCAAUUUUUGUGUGAAA